UUUUAAUGAGCAGAUGAUUCUCCUCCACCUGGAUGUUCGCAUAUGAGCAGAUGAUCAGUGUCGAGCAGCCCCCUCCAUUAGCAGCUGUUUGGAGUGCGAGAGAGCCUCCCUUAGCGGCCAUCAUGUCUCUGAGAGCCACUCAGACGCAGCAGCAGCUAAAUGGGAGAAGAACCAGGAGGAUGGAAAGAGCCGACACUGGACAGCGCUCUAAAAAGCUUGCCAUCAUUUCCCGAUCUCUCCUUAUCUGUAGCUCCAGGAGCACAGAUGACGCCUCUAACCCUGAAGAGAGGUACAAAUAUGAGAACUGGAAAGAACGGUACCAAGGAGACCCUUUGGAGGCGAAGGCUGGACAUCUAGAAAUGAAUUUCUGCAGAAGUGUUAGCCUACAGGGAUCAAAAUGGAACGACGAACCCAAGAGGAACUUAAGGAGAUCAUUUUCCAUCAAGGAAAGCAGUUUCUGGAGAAUGUGCAUUGCCACCGGGGAGGAGUGCGGGCCGCUUGGACCUCAAGUGGCUGAUAACGACCUUCAGGGUGGUGACAAUAUAGUCUCUGUGCGAAACGGAGGCCAAUUACACAGGGACACUUACAUCCACUAUGGCGAGAGGCUGGCCCCAUUUAAUGGGCAGGUUUUAAAUGGCCAUACAAAACUCGAGUCAGAGAAACAGUCAGCCAUGAGAAAUGAUCCCAGAAUGGCUAGUGCUGAGGUUUUCAGUUCAUGUGAAAACAGCAGGCCACUGCUUAAUAGUAAUUCGGCUGACUCUGUGAUCUACAGGAAAGAUGUAGUUGGAAACAAUAGUAAUUUUAAAAAGCCCAUUAUAGAAGUAACGGAGGAAGAUAAAAGCUGUGAGACUGAAGAUCCCGAAGAUUUAGUAUGCAAGAGAAAUCGUUCAAACUCUACAAGUGUUCAUCCAUACUGGAUCGGAGAUUUGGAUGACAUUAUUAUGAAAACACCGGAUCUGUUUCCCUGUCAUGUUCCCACUGCUACUGGCAUUUACGGAAACAGGAAGUCUCUUUCUCAACAACUCGAGUUUCCUGCCAGUGUUCCACAGGCUGUGCCAAGACCUUCUCGCUCACUCAGUUCAGCACAUCUGGUCCAUUCCAGCAGCAGUGUCCAGGCUUUCAUUAUCUGUAAUAUAGUCUUAAUGAAGGCACCUGGCAAGGGUCUAGGUUUCAGUAUAGUGGGAGGAAGGGACAGCAUGUAUGGCCCAAUGGGAAUCUAUGUAAAGACGAUUUUUCCCAGUGGAGCAGCUGCAGCAGAUGGACGUCUACAGGAAGGAGAUGAGAUUCUGGAGCUAAAUGGAGAGUCCCUUCAUGGUCUUACUCAUGAGGAUGCUUUGCAAAAGUUUAAACAAGUGAAGAAAGGUCUGCUGACACUGGUGGUAAGGACCAGGUUGGGAGCUGUAGUUGGCAGUCAGACUCAGGUGGCCCAAUUGUGCCGCUCCAAGUCUCUGAGUUCCACUGCAGGUAUCAGCAGAACCAAUGAUGAGCUGGCUGAUUUCCCCAACUUGGGUACGCAUGCAAAGCCCAGAGACCGCAUCAUGAUGGAAAUCACAUUGCAGAAGGAGGUUGGUGUGGGCCUUGGUAUUGGAUUGUGCUGUGUUCCAUCUGCUGAAGGUGGUCCUGGAAUUUACAUUCACACGCUGUCACCAGGUUCGAUGGCACACAUGGAUGGUCGCUUAAGAUGUGGGGAUGAGAUUGUGGAGAUUAAUGACACUGUGGUUUGCAACAUGACACUCAAUGAUGUGUACACGGUUCUGAGUCAGUGCAGCCCAGGGCCGAUUCAGCUUAUCAUCAGUCGACAUCCUGACCCUAAAGUUUCUGAACAGCAGCUGAAUGAGGCCAUUGCCCAGGCAGUAGAGAACAGCAAACUAAAAAGAGACAAGAGUCAUUGGAGUAUGGAGGGUUUAAGAAGGAUGGAGCCAUGUUCACACAACAAGACAAAGUGUGAAAACUGUAUGGAUCAAAGCCAUUGCCAGAUGAGCUGCACACGAGGCCAUCAACCCAUGAUCCGUUCCUGUAGUGAGGGUGCAUAUAACCAGCGCAACACCUUGACCAGUGUCAACAUGCUGGCCAUCCCCAAACACCAGAACGUCAACCGUGUUCAUAGCAUGGAUGCCGCCAUAACAGGCAGCUCUGAGGUUCAGGCUAGAAGCAGGCCGUCCCAAACCUCAAAUGUCAACGAUGACUACAACGUGCCCUACAACUCUGAGAGGAACAUUGUCACUUAUGAUGCAGGUUUUGGAAGGACAAGAGGUUUUAAGGGUAGGCCUCGUUCUCUACCACGAAGGUACUGUAGACGGCAGGGUAUCACCAAUGAAGAGCCACUUUCCGACUCUAGUGGGUCUAGUGGAAGUUCACCAGUGAAAGAAGAAGAUACACUGCCUUCACAAAGCUGCCAAGAAGCGGAUGAGUGUUCAGAAGAAGCUAAAGCAGCACACUCUGAACCUGUCGCUGCUCACACAGCUGAAAGCGUAUACGGGGACGGCAGACGACAUCGAGGUUCUCUGACACCCAACCACCUGUGUAGUCCAACUAGGAGAACUUGCUUGAGACAUCAGGACUGUGUGGAAUUGAACCCUGUUCUGCCAGUUGACCCUUGGGUGAGGCUAACAGACAGUCUUGAGAAGCGCUUGAAUCAUCGAAAAAUCAUGAGUGAUUAUAAUGGGAAUAAUGAGAUAAAUGGCACAGAAACCACAGACGCUAAAAAGGCGCCUCCAGUGGCUCCAAAACCUGCUUGGGUACGGCAAAGUCUUAGAAGCAUUAAGUCUGGGAGGUCUCCAGCAGAGGCCUUUAAAAAAACUGAGAUUCGAAGUCAAGAUACUGGAAGGACCUUUGGAGUUAGUUCAAGAUCCACUUCAUCCACAUCAAAUCUAUCUUUCAAACAAAAGCUCAGCUCAUUUGAAACCUUUUCCAAUGCUGAUGGAGCAGACAGGACAAGCAGAAGAACGGCUCCAUCCUCAUCACUUUCUCAGAUGGAAAAAAGUCCUGCCAGGUUUGAGAAAGCGCAGCCUGUAGAAACCAGCAACACAUGGAAAAGUAGGACCACUCAAAUUGACAAACACGACAGUGACAAACCUUCUUCAGUGGGAAAUUUAGAUUCUAAAACCAAACCAUUUUCUGAAGAAGAGGAAGCUGCAUCUAAAUUAACAGAUUUCCAAAAUGAGAGCCCAAAGGCAGAAGAUACAACUGUUGCCACAAAGCCAAGUGCUAGCCCACCAGGAGAGAUUUCUUUAUUGGAGGAAGUGAAGGAAACAAGUCUCUCUCAAAAAGAUGAGGAAGAAAUGACUCUUGCUCAGAAAGAUGAGGAGGAAAUAAGCCCUGCUCAGAAAGAUGAGGAGGAAACAAGUCUUGCUAAAAAAGAUGAGGAGGAAACAAGUCUUGCUCAGAAAGAUGAUGAGGAAGCAAGUCUUGCUCAAAAAGAUGAGGAGGAAACAAGUCUUGCUCCGGAAGGCUCACCCCCUCUUGAUCACUGCCCUAGGAGGUCCAGCAGUUCAAAAGAUCCUUCUACCCAAACGAUAUCUUCAUUGGAGGGCCAUAGCAGUCACACUGCAAGUUUAAGAACCAGGAGUCUACCCCUAAACACCUCUGAUGCUCACGGCCAAUGUGGUCUGGAAGGGGAAGCCCUUGAGAUUAUCCUGUCGUUUAGCAACCAGGUGUCCAACGCCUUAAUGCGUUCCAUGCAAUCCCUUCCCAACUCUCCAUGCUUAAAACUUGGUAAUCCAUGGAGUGUGUCAUCUGAAUCCAGUGAGCAUAACCCCACAGAGGAGGACAUUACUUUAUCUGACACAUCACGCUCAGCAGCACCAGACAGCACUGAGAAAGGCUUCUCUGUGAGCCUGGCUGAGCUGAGAGAGCGCACUAUCGAGAGAGGAGAAGAGAGUGAGAAGACUGAGCGACCUCUUACCACACCCUCUGCAGUAUGUGCCCAGUCUGUGAUCUCAGCACUUCCACCUCAGGAGAUACAAAGGAUGAUCCAGGAGGUCAAGGAUCUUGAUGAAGAUACCCUAAAGCAACUGGAAGACAUCCAUGUGGUGAUUCUGCACAAGGAGGAGGGAACUGGCUUGGGUUUCAGUAUUGCUGGUGGUAUCGAUCAGAACAAAUCAACUACAGUUCACAAAAUCUUUCCCCAAGGCUUAGCUGCUCUGGAGGGCACCAUUGAGAAAGGAGACGAGGUGCUGUCCAUCAAUGGACAGACGCUGAAGAACGUGAAGCACAGCGAUGCUACAGCAGCACUCAGGCAGGCGCGUGAACUGAAGCAGGCAGUGGUGGUGGUGUGCAAGAAUAAAGAUGCCGAGAGCAGCAUAACUGCUGAGGCCAGCUGCAGUACUGGCACAGAGCAAAGCAUCACAGAUGAAAGUGGAGACGUCCUCACUCUGGAGUUGGAUAAAAAUGCAGGUGGAGUGGGUUUUGGAUUGGAGGGAGGAAAAGGAUCUAUUCAUGGAGACAAACCUUUGGUUAUCAAUAGAAUCUACACAGGUAGUACAGCAGAGCAAAAGGGCCUACAGGUUGGUGAUGAGCUGCUGCAAGUCCAGGAUUCCACAAUGCAAGGUCUUUCACGCCUGGAGGCUUUGACCACCCUCAAAAGCCUUCCUGAUGGAUCAUUCACAGUCAUUGUAAGAAGAAAGAAGGCUGAAGAAAGCUAAAUUUUGAAACAAUACCCAGAUAGUGUGAAAAGUGUGAUAAGACUUAACUUUAGAAAAUGGAAAUAUAUAUAUAUAUAUAUAUAAUCCUGAUAUCAAAUUUUGAUAUCAGGAUUAUAUUUAGGGAAAUAGAGAUUAAUAUUGAAAAUUUCUUAAAUAUAGUAAAUUAUUUAAUAUUUUCUUAAGAUUACAGCAACCCCAUUAUACCCCAGAGGGCUUCUGCAUCUGGGGCACUUCUAGCAAAUAUCUUGCUCUGUUGGCCCAUUUGUGGCAUGGUAAAUAAUAAUAAUAAUAAUAAUAAUAAUAAUGAUAAAAAUAUUUAUAAUAAUAGCAUUUUAAAGAACAUGGUUUCUAGACAGGUUUAAAAAAAGACUUGUUCUUAGAUGUUCUUUUUCCCACAAAUGUUCAGAGGCCUAGGUAAUAAAAUGUUUGAUAUACGUGCGAAAUACAGUGUUGUUUAAAAGUUGUACACUCUAAGACAAUGCAAUAAUUGUUCAGGUAUGCCUUUUACAACUGGGAGUGGGCCAAAUGCCCAAUAUGGGCCAUAUUUCCAUAUGGUCUGUGGGCCAGAUCAUUGUGGUAGAGGUAGGCCAGGACUGGGCUUUCAUAAUUUUACUAUAUGGAAAGAAUACUAAACUGAUCCCUAGAAAUAUAGGAUUUAAAGCUAGUGAUCUUUUAAUAACGAUAAUUUAGCUAACUUGAAGCACUUAUUGUUAAAGAUGCACAAUUAUUUUCCAAUACAGUAUACUGUAAGAACGAUUAUAGCUUAAAAUGAGUAAAAUGUCUACAGAUAGGUCUCAUGAUCUCAUAUUCGUCUUACCGUAAUCUUAUAAAAGGAAAUACUGAUUAAUUUCUCUAUAUUCAAGAUAUUUUCAUCUGCUAAGAUGCCUUUAAGCAAAUAGCAUGCAGAGUUGUGAUUUUGAUGCGGCAACCAUGCCUUGCAUGAAACAACAGAAACUACAAACGGUACAGGAAAUUGGUGGUCAUGAGUAAUGAGAUAAUUUUCAUAUUCAGUUUGUCCCACUGUUCUAUUUCCAGAGAAGCAUUUGACUAUACGUGUGAAAGCACACGAUUCAUGAAAAUCUUAUCAGUAUUCUAUUAGUAUGCUUUUUCCAAACAUGGCCUAUUUUACUUAGUAUACAUAUAACAAUGAUAGAUAUUCAUUUUGAUUGACUGUGAUUAGAUCAUUUUUUAAGGUUGCUAAAUCUGUACCCUUAAAUUUGCACAGACUCUGAGUAAGUAUAAGUUUGAUCAAAAAAAUAAUUAGAAUUUAAUUAAAAUUGGUAAAUAAGUUUUACAAUCACAUUUUGACGGAACACAAUGUAGAUGCAUUGUAGAUUGUGUUUUCUAAUAUAUAUAUAUAUAUUGUAUGUUUCUGCCAGGUUUGUUGUGUUAGGCUACACUUACUGUUUUUCCAUCAGCCACUCAGAUCUAGACACUGAGAACAAUGCCAAAACUGGGCUGAUGGACAAUGGCUACUCUGGCAUAAUCAGUUAGACAAUAACAGACAGUCUUUUAUCAAUUUUAGACAUGCCUACAAUAAACCAGCAAAGCCAAUCAAUGCUUUAUUGAUAAAAAAUAUAUUCAUGUGAACAAAUAAUAUAGAACUAUGCUCACUGAACUACAAUGAAAUCUACAUAGAAAAUGUUCUAUCAUUAAUUGGCCUAAUCCUAGACAAUCCUAGCAAAUGGUCAAUAGAGAAAUGGCACUUCCACAUGAAUUAGUCUAAAAAUGACAUUACUAUGUGUCUUAACAUGGCCAGUUUUGUUAUUUAGACAUCAUCUGCUUUCUCUAUUCAAAUGAUUCACAAGAUUAGACUGGUUAUUUAAAAAAAAAUUAAAUGUAAGUUAAGAUUCAGAAGUUUAUCCACAUAAAAGAUUUGUUUGCUGAUGCAUAGAAAUAUUGCCUUUGUACAAUUGUACUAACUUUGUCAGGGAUUCUAGGGAACUUGACUUUAUUCAAGUUUGCCUGUUUUGUUACAUUUGCACAAACACUGUAGAGUACGAUAUUUACAAAAAUACUUCAGUGCAAACCAAAAAAAAAGUAUUUGACCAGAUUCAUAAUGGAAUAGAUUUUGAGUUUACAAUAAUGUAAUGUUUUCAAAUAUGCGUGCGAGAACCAAAGAUACAAUCUUUUUUUUUUUAUGGCCUGCCUUUGCAUUUAAUAUUUUUGGAACAAACAGGAUUUGUGCCUGAUUACAAUAAUUAUCAUUAUUUUAUUUAUUUUAGUUUUUAAAAGAAACAGAACAUCCAAUUUGAAUAUGAUUGAAAAUAAGUUCACAUUAAAUAUCAGUGGAUGUUGAUUUACAUGUACAUAAUAAGCUACUAAUAUAUCAGAAAGACCUGUUUACUUUGUUUAAAAGGUUGAUGUAUUACCCCCUCCAAAUAAUUAUAAUAAAAAAAAUAAUACAAUCAUUAACACUGGCUUGGUCAUUUAAAAUUGUUUAAAUUAUUACUGGGUGAUGUGUAUUGUGACGUGAUUAUGUCUUUAAUUUUUGUUUUGUGAAGAAAAGUUGAUCUAUUACAAUGCUAAAAAUGUCUUUGUUUACAGUUUAUAAUGUAUAGCCUACUUAUACACAUUCAGGUACUGUAAUUAAAAACAAAGUCAUAAAGUGCAAAUAAAGGUGUCACAAAAAUGCA